AUGUUAGUGAAAACAAAUCAGCGCGUCCAAAGAAGUCCAUACAUGAUUAGAGGGAGUACUUUCAUUGGAUUGACGAGAACACCAACAUACACUCGUCUUGACGAUGCUCAGAAGAAGCCAUCGAGAGUAAAGAGCGCGCCCGCUAGAAAUGCACCGAAAAGACCCAAAUCAGCUUGGGCGGGAAGAAGAGAGCAGCUUUUAUCGAGAAUUAGAGAUGACAGUUGGAGUGAAAGGAAUUUUAUCAAAUGUACAGAACAGCAAAACAAAGAACAUACAAAACCCGACUUAGAAAACGCCUCAACAGUCGCACUAGAAGAAACUUCGUCUAAGAAUGGUACCUUCGCCGUAUCACGACCAUGCUCGUCAUUUGGAAACCUCGAAUCAAGAGGGAUAAGUUUUUCAUCGGCUGGAGGCUUGGGACCAAGCUCAGCGGGCGGAUGGCGACGACUAAGUGCACUCAUAAAAGGUGAACCAUGCAAAGUAAAUUCUGCAUUUCGUGAAAGCUUGAAUUCUCCAGCCAGUUCCUCGAGGAGAAGUGUGCGCUCCAGCCGCUCCAGACGAUCUAUUCAGUCGAGGAUGAGAAACCUUACUUCUGGAGCCAAUUCGGUCAUUUUCGAGAAGUACAAUGUCAGAGCCGGAUUUGAGGCGAAGAAACUUUUUCAAAAGUCGGUUCGACUGGUCAUUAUCCUCAUGCGAGCAGGUGGAUGUUUUAGAAGGGACGAAUCUCUAAAGGUCUUGGACGAUGGCGAUAUGCGCUUCUAUGAUACAAACAGUGCUCUAGGAAAGAUGGCUCAUGUAUUCAAUCCGACAAUUUUUAGAGCCGACAAAAGCCUCAAGGUUCCAAAAAAUGUUGCUCGCGAUCUAAAAACACAUCCAGAUGCACGACGACCUGACUCGAUCGGCAGCAUUGUACGAUCUCUUCAAAUUGUCCUGGACGUAUUUUCCGAUUACCCUCUUCAGACGCAGAAGGACAUUGCCAAAUACGCGUAUUUAGAAGAGUUCGAGCCUGGCCGAAUGAUCUUCAAAAAAUCUGACCGUCCGCUGCGAUUCCACUUGGUUGUUUCUGGACGAGCACUUGUUACCAGUGUUACCACUCUUCCUACUGGAGAGGAAAAUAUAAAAGUAGUGGAGACAAUCAGUCGUGGCGAAACAUUCGGCGAUGAGGGCGGCUGUUUUCUAAAGCAAAAUGGCAAAAUCCAUGAGGGCCCUGAUUUCAUGCCGCGUGAAAAUACAGUCAUUUCUCAAAAGCAUAUGACCGUACUUACACUGGAUGGAGAAGAUUACAUACGCAUCUUUCAUCCUGAAGCUAGAAAACGGUUCCAGAAAAAACUAACACCAAACUAUCCUGAAUUUUACUUCUCAAGCAAUGUCGUCAAAGCAGCAAUGAAGUUGCUCCAAAAGAAUCCGUUUCUUCGCUAUUGGCCGUUAGACAGAAUUAAAGGAGCUUCCACGAGUGACUUUCGCUUACAGUACUUUCGGAAGGGAACAGUUAUCACCACUGGGAACGCUGCUCAACGAGAACUGAUCUUUGUGAAAUUGGGAUCAUGUCAAGUCGUCCGUCGAUGUCAGUACUCUCGUGUCAUGUCUGCCGGCAGCAAUCCGUACGAAACGUGGAUAGAAGAGCGUAGACUAGACAGUGGAGACAUGUUCGGAUUCGAAUGUCAAUUCGAUGUCAGAUUCAAAGGCAUUGUUUACAAGGACUGGAACGAGCUGGAUCCAGAUGUAGCGCUCAUCUCCAACGGCGCAGAAGUUAUUAUUUUCUCCGCUCCUUUUUAUCGAAAACAUCUAAAUGAACAGUGUCGCGCCGUUUUAACUUUAAAUCUCGAGCAAAAACAGCCCAAGAAUAAUCUCGUCUAUCUGCUCAAUAGAAGAGACUGCUGGGAAAAUUAUAAAACUAGCGUCACGCGUGAAAUUAUCCGAAAGCCUUAG